AUGGAGUCAGUGGAAACGAGUGGGGUGGGCCUCUACAAGGCUGUGCGCGUGUUCAAGGAGCUUGACCAAAUUGCCGAGGAGCAGCAGCACAAACUGGGCCUCGACCACCAGCACCACUUCGAAGACGACAACGCGAUCCUUCUCCCGCUCGAGCAAGUGUGGACGCACGAUCAGCUCCACUACGAGGGCACCCACGCCCUCGACCGCACCAUCCACAAGGUUGGGCUCAAGCAAGGGCAGGAGGUACUGGACGUGGGGUCAGGGCUGGGCGGCCCGGCCCGCUAUCUGGCGCACAAGGCUGGGGUGCGCGUCGUGGGAGUGGAGCUGCAGGAGGACAUGUGCGCCGCCGCCUGCAAGAUCACCUCGCUCACCGAGCUGCGGAACAGCGACCACGUACGGUUUGUGCAGGGCGACUUCCUUCAUAUGGGGGACGAAAGUCUGACGAAGUACACGACGCGGGGAGAGGGCUUCGAUUGUGUGAUGUCCAUCCUCACGGUGUUGCACAUCGAGGCCAAGGCCGACCUGUUCGCCCGCUGCUGCCGCCUGCUCAAACCGGGAGGCGCACUCUACCUCGAAGACUACUAUGAAGCAGGAGAAAUGAAUCAGCACACGAAGCAAGCGCUGGAGGAGCAGGUGGGGUGCGCGAUGCCCAUCCCCACGAAGGACCGGUACCUGGAGCUCCUAGGCCAAGCCGGUUUCGUCGACGUCGAGUUCGAGGACGUGACCUCGAGCUGGUGGGAGUUCGUGCGAGAGCGAGCGAACCAGUACCGCGCCAACCUCGAUCGACACAAGCGGGUGCAGGGCGACCAUGAUCACGUGGAGAGCCUGGACGCGUUCUACCAGACCGUGGCUCAGCUCUUCGAUCCCUCGCGCCGCCCUGGUCUGGGGUAUUGCCGCAGCCAAUAA